AUAAUUUUAAAAUAAAUGAACAAAUAUUUUGUAUUCAGUGCCAUCCUUUGAUUAGUAAUAUGAUCAGCCUUUGCACAGGAGAAUAGAGACUGGUUCCUAACUCUAGAGGAAAUGUGUCAAACUUAUGGAUAUGAGUACGAAGAGCACCUAGUUACUUCAGAUGAUGGAUAUGUGACAAUGCUCCAAAGAAUCAGAGCUAGGCUAGGAGAUGAAGAUCAAAACAGAGAGCCCUUCUAUAUAAGCAUGUUCCCUGGAGCAUUUGAAGCAGCCCUCUUUUUACGAGGACCUGAUGAGUCACCUGGUUUCCGUAUUGUGGAUGCAGGAUUUGACUUGUGGUUUUUGAACCCGAGAGGCUCUGCAAAUUCGUUAGGCCAUGUUAAUCAUGAUAUCACCCCUGCUGAGUAUUGGCACUACGAUCUUGUUGAUAUGGCCCAAGACCAAAUUGCAGCUUUGAAUUUUAUCCUUGAUACUACAGGGUAUUCUCAAGUGCAUGCACAAGGUUUCUCCACAGGAGGGUUAUUGCUAGGUUAUGCAAUUGCUCUGAAUCCUGAAUUCUUCAAUCCUCGUAUCAGCUCAUUACACUAUGUUGCUGGAACAAUGAAUUACGCUAACACCAGAUCUUUCCAAUAUCAAUUCCUCGCUAGUAUUCCUGAUGUUUUAGCUACUCUUGAAGAUUUCGGAUUCUACCAGACUUCAACCCCAAAUAUUCCCAUAAAUGUAUUGCAAGGAACAUCUUGCUCUUUGAUGCCUCACGUUUGUAUUUACUUGUGGCAAUUUGCGGGCAUCCCAGCUGAUCCAAACUAUGACGAUACAGAGGGAUUCUCGAACUAUCUAUACAGAGGACUACCAGGAUUCGGCACUCAUUUAAUGGCACACAUCGUCCAAAGCUUUAGAACCAAACAAGUGUCCUAUUUCGAUUACGGAGAGGAAGGAAACCUUGAAGCAUAUGGUCAGGCUGAACCUCCAAGGAUUCCUUAUGAGAAUCAUGAUCUCCCAGUCGCAAUGUACUAUUCCUAUGAAGAUGAUUAUGCUGAUAUGGAAGAUGCAGAAUGGUUUGCUGAUAUUCUUGGAGACACAGUCGUGACCUUUAAUAAAUACUCCGGGUACUCUCAUUUCUCAUUUGAAAUUGGAAAGGACAUGUACUACCUUGAUGACAUGUUUGAUGUAUUACAAGACUAUCCAAUCGAAGUAUCAAGCAACUAAUGCUGUAGCCUAAGCAUCAUUAAAUUUCAU